UUAGAUUCAAUAACAGGAAAAACAUGUGGUUAAUUUUACUAUAAAAUAAAAUGCUGUCUCGACAGAGUAUCCAGUUAGCUAUUGUAUUUGGCUAGGACCGGUAACUCGUUCUGUUUAUGGAAGAAUGGAUACAGAUAGCUUUUCAUAAUUUCAUUAUCGCUGACGAACAGAUAAGAAACUGCUUAUGGAAUAUGUAACAAAUCGAAGAUGUAACAAUUUCAGACGGAACAGAUGAACAAAUCAACGUUUUAUUCAGAAUAUCCAACUUUUAAAUUUGAAUGUCAUUUUCAACAAGUCGGAGCAGAUAAUAAAAUAAAAUCAACCUUUUCUAUCAGAAUAACCAACUUUUUAAUUUCCAUUUAUAUUGAUAAUAAUGGAGGAAAAGAUUUCAGAAAGUGACUAAAUUAGUUAUUAUCAUUUAUUGAAGAAACACAGUUACCCUUACUCAGAGAAAUCUAGCGUCUAAACUUAUCAACAUUAAGAUAACCUCAUCGUUGUUAUUUUUUUGUUACAGAAUAGACAACAUCCGUUUGAUUAUCAAUAUGUUUUGGUAAAAUGACAAUAUUUAUUUAUAAAAGUUCUUAAAGAAAAUAGGUUAUGCUUACCCAGAGAAAUCUACUACCGUUUAAAUUUCUCAGCUUGCUCUUUGGUGUCAUCAUUGGCACGAGCAUAGCAUUGGUACUGAGCAGCAUGAGACACACAACAUCUGGCAGAUUCAUCAACCAGCAUCACCAACUCAAAGAAACGGAAGGGGUUUUCCGGGUUCGGGGUGUUCUGCAAAACCACAGAGAAGAAAUUCAACCAGUUACCGAGAGGAUUUCCCGGUCUCGAGAUGAAAGUGUACUUAGUGGAUAUUUGUACAGUGGUGAUAAUCGUACAGUAGCCUGGAAUCUGAGGAAGAAAAUUCGUGUUUUGUGUUGGGUUUGGUGUUCAGGACGGGAUAUUCAAAAUCAAACUCAGGCGAUCCACAAAACUUGGGGUAGAAAAUGUGACAAAGUUCUCAUAUUCACCGACAGACAUUUUGCCAAAGUCAGAACUAUAGAUUUAUCAAAAGCAGGCGUGGCCUAUAGCACGUCGCGUUACAUCAUGGCCUAUCGCUAUGUAUACAAACAUUAUAAGGAUGAUGCCGAUUGGUUCUUUGGGACAUUCGACGAGACGUAUGUGUGUAUGGAGAAUUUGCGAUUGUUUUUGACGGGAAAAAAUUCGAAAAAACCUGCAUAUUAUGGUCACAGACUUAUUCUCGAGGACGGUACUGUGGAAUUUGUGGAUGCUCGAGUUGGUUGUGUUCUAAGCCACGCGGGACUCGAACUCUUUGACAAAAACAGUCUUUACAAAACUGAGUGUAAUCAAAUGAUUCCGGCUGGAGAAAAACAGUUGGGUGCCUGUUUCAAUAAAACUGGUGUCUUUUUAGGGAACUCGACCGAUUCAUUAGGACGUAGUCGUUUUCUCAGUUUUGCUCCGUCAGUUCAGAUGCAAGGAUCACAGUCCCACUGGUUUCUGCUACAAGAUCAAGAGGGGUUGAAAAAGGGAAAAGAAUCUAUGAGUGUGUAUACUAUAACAAUCAGCGGUAUGACGUCAUUCUUCAUGUACGGGAUAGAGUAUUAUUUGUAUCAUCUUCGACCCUUUGGAUUAUUUCCCCUUGAUCAAGAUUUGAAUAUUCCAGACGACUGAGUGGAAAUUUGCCUGGUUGUGUGUUUUUGGAAGAGGCGUGGCCCCACAUAACACGGCGUGGUUCCUGGAUCAAGAUAACGGUCUUCAGCUGAUCAAUAUUUGAAAAUCCAAAAUGGCUGACAUAACACCGAUUUUUGUCAAUAACUAUACCACAUUUCAGCACACGUGGCAAACAAUGGAGAUCUAGAUUCGCAUGUUCAGGACGUCUGGUUGGAAAAUAGACCUCUCUAUUUCAAAGGGAGAGCUCGCAAGGCCUUCUAGAUAUUUAGUACCACUGCUAAAUCCCCUGAAGGGCAAGCGAAUUAUUGAAAUAAAAUUGAACAAUAUGUUAGUCCAGAAAUUACCUAGUUUGUGUCGAGUAGACGUUAAACCCCAUCUCUCUCUCUCUCUCUCUCUCUCUCUCUCUCUCACACUCUCUCUCUCUCUCUCUCUCUCUGAAAUGUACGGUAAAUAGAUAAUUCGGUGAAACGGUUGAGAAAGGAGCUCGUCAAAUGGAUUUGAAAGAGAGUCGUGGUUCGAGCUCUAACUGGUCGGUCACCGCUGGCUUGCGGUCGUGGUUUCGAGCGUAUGUGACUUGGAGACAGAGGCGCCUUCCCAACCUUGUGGGUUUAUUCCGGGUACUCCAGUUUCCUCCCAACUGUAUGCAAGAGCUAAAUCUGCCUUACUUUCAGUCUGAAAUGUUAUCUAAAUUAUUAAUUGGACAUUAAUUAACUUAUCCAGACCACAAUCAACUCUCGAUGUCAUAGUUAGUCUGCGAUAUUUACUGGAUUUGAAUACAUUUUUUGAUGGAUAAUUUAACGUAAAAAUGGAUAAUAGAGUCUUUGAUUGUCAUCAUACCAACUUCAAUAAUGUCGACCGAGACUAGCCUAAAAUUCAAUAACUAAUAUCUCGGUUCAGAGUGAAGCAAUUUUCAGCAUAUUUUGUUUUCGUUAUCUAAUUUUUAACUAUUAUAGAUUAUUAUAACGAGAACUGUCAGAUUUUUAUCUAAUCUUACCUUCCCCUUUAAGCUAAUGAAAAUAAGACAACUUGUCUGCGAUAUCACCCUUGGUGGAUGCGGACGUUAAACACUAAUAGAAGAAGUAGAACAGUGUCUAACAUUUACUCUGGUUCAGAUAUGAUACAAAUCAACUUGUCGCAUGUCCACUACGGCUCCUGAUUGUGUUAAUUAUAACCCCCUUUAUUAUUUAUUAUUGUAAAUAGGUAUAUUGUAGAUAAUUAUAACUCUCUAUAUUAUUGUAAAUAGGUAUAUUGUUGUUAAUUAUAACCCUCUAUAUUAUUGUAAAUAGGUUUAUUGUAGAUGAUUAUAACCCUCUAUAUUAUUGUAAAUAGGUAUAUUGUAGAUAAUUAUAACCCUCUAUAUUAUUGUAAAUAGGUAUAUUGUAGAUAAUUAUAACCCUCUAUAUUAUUGUAAAUAGGUUUAUUGUAGAU